CGCCCUCAGGCCGCCAUGUUGCCGCGGGCGCGGGGGGCUGAGCCUGGACAGCGGCCGAGGGGCGCCGGGGGCACCUGGGGCGGGACUUGAGGCGACGCCCGAGGGACACCGCGGCUCCUCCGCCGGCCGUCGCCGCUGUUCCCCGCCGGGGCACCGCCGGCAACGAGGCAAAGUCCGCUUCGAAACUUCCUUGCGGGACUUUGAACAACUUGAGGCCGCGGAGGUGCAUCCGAGCACGGCUCAGGGAGCGGCCGCUGCUCCCGCGGAGCUCCGCUGUGUGCGGUGGGACCGCCGCGCUAGGAACAGCUGGGUUGAGAAUCAUCUGGAGCAGAAACACAUUCCACAUGUGAAGAUCUUCUCUUCAGAAUCUGUUACCUUUCUUGAAUCAACUUAUUUCUUUCUGCACAAUUUUAUAUAGCUACUAAAUACAAACCAUGCCUAGCAAAAUGGGCUCAAAAAUUGAUCUGAACAAAGACUUCAUCAGAGUAAAAACACACUACAAUGGGGACAUCCUGAUAACAAACCUGGAUGCAUCAAUGAGCUAUGCUGAACUUUGUGAUGAAGUGCAUGAGAUGUGUAACUUGCAGCAGGAGCAGCCAAUUACCCUCAAGUGGAUUGAUGAUGAAGGUGACCCCUGUACCAUCUCAUCUCAGAUGGAGCUGGAGGAAGCCUUCCGUCUGUAUUGUCAGAACAGAGGCGAGGGGCUGAUUAUUCAUGUUUUCCCAAGUAUUCCAGAGAAACCCGGCAUGCCUUGUCCAGGAGAAGAUCAAUCCAUCUACCGCCGGGGAGCCCGAAGAUGGAGGAAGCUGUACCGAGUGAAUGGGCAUUUGUUUCAAGCCAAACGUUUUAACAGAAGAGCGUACUGUGGCCAGUGCAGUGAAAGGAUAUGGGGGCUCUCAAGGCAAGGCUACAAGUGUAUCAACUGCAAGCUGUUGGUCCAUAAACGUUGUCACAUCCUUGUCCCACUGACCUGCAAAAGGCAUAUGGAUUCGGUCAUGCCUGCCCAGGAACCUCGCUUAGAUGACAAACACGAAGAGGCUGAUCUCCCUUCAGAAGACACUGAUGGAAUUCCCUACAUUCCUUCAAACAGGAAACAUGACACCAUUAAAGAUGACUCUGAGGAUCUCAAACCAGUCAUUGAUGGAAUGGAUGGAAUUAAGAUUUCUCAGGGGCUUGGACUCCAGGACUUUGAUUUAAUCCGAGUUAUCGGCCGUGGAAGUUAUGCCAAAGUUCUUCUAGUUCGGUUAAAAAAGAAUGAUCAGAUUUAUGCUAUGAAAGUAGUGAAAAAAGAACUGGUCCAUGAUGAUGAGGAUAUUGAUUGGGUACAGACAGAGAAACAUGUGUUUGAACAGGCAUCCAGUAACCCAUUCCUAGUUGGUUUACAUUCAUGCUUUCAAACAACAAGUCGAUUGUUCCUUGUCAUAGAGUAUGUGAAUGGGGGGGACCUCAUGUUCCAUAUGCAACGACAGAGGAAACUUCCUGAGGAACAUGCAAGGUUUUAUGCUGCUGAAAUUUGUAUUGCUUUAAACUUCCUACAUGAAAGAGGCAUCAUCUACAGAGAUUUAAAACUGGACAAUGUUCUCUUGGAUGCAGAGGGUCAUAUCAAAUUAACAGAUUAUGGCAUGUGCAAGGAAGGUUUGGGCCCAGGUGACACUACAAGCACUUUCUGUGGGACACCAAAUUACAUUGCACCAGAGAUCCUCAGAGGAGAAGAAUAUGGGUUCAGUGUGGACUGGUGGGCGCUGGGGGUGCUGAUGUUCGAGAUGAUGGCGGGACGGUCCCCGUUCGACAUCAUCACUGACAAUCCCGACAUGAACACUGAGGAUUACCUCUUCCAAGUUAUUCUGGAGAAGCCAAUCCGGAUUCCAAGGUUUCUUUCUGUCAAGGCUUCCCAUGUGUUAAAAGGAUUUUUAAACAAGGAUCCCAAAGAAAGGCUUGGCUGUCAGCCCCAGACAGGAUUUGCUGAUAUCAAGUCUCACACGUUUUUCCGCAGCAUAGACUGGGAUCUGCUGGAGAAGAAGCAGAUGACGCCCCCGUUCCAGCCGCAGAUCACGGACGAUUAUGGGUUGGAUAACUUCGACACGCAGUUCACCAGCGAGCCCGUGCAGCUCACCCCAGAUGAUGAAGAUAUAAUAAAGCGAAUAGAUCAGUCAGAAUUUGAAGGAUUUGAAUAUAUUAAUCCAUUGUUGCUGUCAACAGAAGAAACAGUAUGAAGGAAUGACCUCGUUGGGGACAGUGUGAAUGACAUUAAUUUAUCCUUAACUACAGUAUAUGCAUGCGAGGCUGGGGACUGGUCACUGGAUGGAGACCAAUGAUCUAAAAACAAAUUUGCUGCUGAAAAUCAAAGAAGAGAAUAAUGAUUUUGGUGGGUGUCCUCUGCCACUUAGUGAUUCUUAAGUUCUGGGCACUGACACAACUGGCUUCAUUAAUGAAGGAAUUUGCAUUUUGUGCCUGUAUCAUGAAGGAUUCAAACGUUCAUUGCAUCCCUGCGAAAGGAGAUCAUGAGAAACUUUGAGAUCCACACACUUUCUACAAACAUUUGAUGCAAUGAGCUCCCAGUUGAAGAGUAUUACAGUGUAACAUCCUGAAGAAUAAAAUAUAUUAUGGUGGUGUUGAAGCUUA